AUGCGCGAUAACGGCACCAUGGCGUUCCAAAUACAAUUCACGCAUACGCCCUCUUCCUGCGAUGUUCACAGCAAAAAGUCACAGCAGCUAACGAGUACCUUACCUAAAGGCACGGGCCAGCAGAGCUGCACUGUGAAGCCCAAAGGCCGUGCAUUGUUAGACGAGGGUUCUUUAACAUUGAAGCAAGGCAUUCUACCUCAGCAAGCAUCGCCGGACUACUCCGACGAUGACGAUAUCUACAAAGUGGAAUUACUAGCACGGUGGGGUAAGAACAUAUUCUUCCUAAGGUGGGACAUUGACGGCAGUACUAGUUGGGAGCCGCGGAGGAACAUUCCGGACAAGGAAAUGCUGUAUAACUUUAAGUCAAACUACGACGGAUUUAAUGAGGGAGUUAACGUGCUGCAUAUGCGGGAAACCGAGCGUGAUAAACGAAAAUAUCUCUUGCAUUUCAAGGGAUGA